UCUUCUUCUUCUUCUUCUUCAUCUUCUUCUUCGUCAUCUUCGUCCACGCAGUCUUCGGUCUUACGUUCCCAUCGCACGUUCUCCUCGCCCGGCCACCACCGACAUGGACCCUUACGAGUUCCUGAAGCUCUCCCCCAACCCCGACGGCUCCGUCACCCGCCUCUCCUCCCCGCCGUCCGCCCCCGCCACCUCCGCCCCCGACUCCCCCGACCCCGCCCUCUCCAAGGACGUCCCCCUCCUCCUCCCCCACCACCCCGCCCACUCCACCUUCGUCCGCCUCUUCCUCCCCCGCUCCGCCGCCUCCGCCGCCCCCGCCGCCGCGGCCCGGCUCCCCGUCGUCCUCUACUUCCACGGCGGCGGGUUCGUCCUCUUCAGCGCCGCCUCCCGCAUGUUCCACGACUCCUGCUGCCGCACAGCGUCCGCCCUCGGCGCCGUCGUCGCCUCCGUCGAGUACCGCCUCGCCCCCGAGCACCGCCUCCCCGCCGCCUACUUGGACGCCGCGGCGGCCCUCGCGUGGCUCCGGUCGCAGGCGCUGGACGCCGCCGGCGGCGACCCGUGGCUGAGGGAGCACGCGGACUUCGGGCGCUGCUACCUGAUGGGCAGCAGCGCCGGGGCGAACAUCGUCUACCACGCGGCCCUGCGAUCGCUGGACGUCGAUCUGGCGCCGGUCAGGAUCCGAGGGCUGAUAUUGAACCAGCCCUACUUCGGCGGGGUCGAGCGGACCGAGUCCGAGCUGCGGUCGGGCAACGACCGGAUCCUGCCCCUGCCCGCGAACGACCUCAUGUGGUCGCUGGCCCUGCCCGAGGGCGCCGACCGGUCCCACGAGUACUGCGACCCGAUGGCCGGCAGCGGCGGCACGGCGGCGCGAGAGAAAGUCGGGCGGCUCCCGAGGUGCCUGGUGAGGGGCCACGCGGGGGACCCGCUCGUGGACCGGCAGAGGAUGUUCGCGAGGAUGCUGGAGGCGGGAGGGGCGGACGUGACGACCCGGUUCGACGAGGGCGGGCUCCACGGGGUGGAGCUGUUCGACCCGGCCAAGGCCCAGGCUCUGGUGGAGAUCAUAAGGGAUUUCGUGAACGUCGACGGCUCGGUUAAAUCCACAAUGUGAAUCGGGGACUCGUGCCGCGGCGGCGCGCGCACGAGAGUGGUGUUUUUAGAUGCUCCGCGAUCGAUGCUCCCGGUGCAUGCGAGCCUUCCGAAUCUCGUUAUGUCUUAGGUUCCUGCCGUAUUCAAGAGUUGAGACGCAAUUUAACCAUCGCGUUGUAUCUUUCCGUGCUAGUAAAUUCUCAAAUUUCAAUAUUUGUUCAUUGCCAUAGUUUACGCAUGCAAAUUUCAAU